UCCCAGUAGAAGAAGCAGUCAGUUCUCUGUGAUAGAAGGUGUCUGGUCACCACCGCAGCAAGUCUGCCCAGAAGACACCCUCCCUUCCCCGGGUACCUCGACCAAGACUUUCCCUACCCCCCUGGUGUUCUCGGCCCGCUGUGUUCGGCCAUGGCGACGAGCGCGAAGCGAAAGCAGGAGGAGACUCAUCUGAAGAUGCUCCGGGAAAUGACCAGCCUGCCCGCGAAUAGGAAAUGCUUCGACUGCGACCAGCGCGGCCCGACCUAUGUCAACAUGACGGUGGGCUCCUUCGUCUGCACCACCUGCUCCGGCAUCCUGCGAGGACUGAACCCUCCACACAGAGUGAAGUCCAUCUCUAUGACCACAUUUACACAGCAGGAAAUUGAGUUCCUACAAAAACACAGCAAUGAGGUCUGUAAACACAUCUGGUUAGGCCUCUAUGACGACAGGACAUCAGUUGUUCCAGAUUUCCGAGAACCACAGAAAGUAAAAGAGUUCCUUCAGGAAAAAUACGAGAAGAAAAGAUGGUAUGUUCCUCCAGACCAGGCAAGAGCAGUAGCAAGCGUCCAGGGCUCUGUGUCCGGCUCCUCGGCCAGCAGCACUGGCAGCACCCCGGAAGUGAAACCCCUCAAAGCCCUGCAGCUCAACAAGACACCUCUGCGCCAGUCUCCAGGGCUAAGUCGUUCGCAAGCUCAUAGUGCCGCUCAGGAGAAGAAGUUUGAUCUGCUCUCAGAUCUGGGAGGAGACAUCUUCGCUGCUCCACCCACUCAAAAUGCCAGCUCUACAAACUUUGCCAACUUUGCACAUUUUCCAAGCCAGUCAGCACCUCAGGGUAAUUCAGACACCAACUUUGCCAACUUUGAUGCAUUUGGAAACACUGAAAUUCCAUCCCAUCUGAGCACGUCACCCCCCUCAAAGUCCUUUUCAUCAGGCGGAGGUGUGCCAAUCCCAUCAGUGUCUAGGGCCAUCCCUAUUCAGUGCCACACAGGGAGUGGCUCAGAGGACCGCUAUGCUGCUCUGGCUGAGUUAGACAACAAGCUCAGCUCCUCUGUGUCCUCAGGCAGUGGGAACAUUUUUGGACCGGUGCUUGGUUCAUCGCCAGCCCAGAAUGCACCUGUGUUACCCACACUGCAGCCUGGCUUUGGAGCCACAAAUCCCUUUGUUGCUGCAGCUGUUGCCCCGGAGAUGGCCACCAACCCUUUCCAGGCCAAUGGCAGAGCUCCAGCUGCAGCUUCGUUUGGUCCUGGCUCUAUGAGCAUGCCCGCCGGCUUUGGGAAUGCGUCUUCCUACUGCCUCCCGACCAGUUUCAGUGGAAACUUCCAGCAGCAAUUCCCCGGCCAGGCCCCCAUCCCUUACCCUCAACCGGGGGCCUACCACCCUCAGUCAAAUGGCCCUGCAUUCCCAGGCUACAGUCAGAACAAGCCCUCCAUGACGCCCUUUGGGCAGCCCAUGGCUGGCCCUGGCAUGUCCAAUAACCCCUUCAUGGCGGGAGCUCCAGGGGCAUUUCCUUUAGGAGGUUCGUCCACCAAUCCUUUCCUGUAGCACACCCCAAGGAUCUCGCCACCAGAGGGCAGCAUGCAGCACAUACUCAACUCACCGUUCCACACCAAUAGUGGCAGUACAUUUCUUUAAAAAAGACUCAUAAAAACGUUUACAACACUAUGAAGGAGUACAAAGGACUAUAUUGAAGCCUAAUGGACUGUUCUGCUGGGUUUAUUGUUUGGACUAUAUACAUUAUAUGCUUUUUUUUAUUUUUGUUUAUGACUGUAAGCUCUGUGCAUAUCAUUUGUAAUCGCAAUUAAGUAGUUGUAACGUAUAACAGAGUUAAAAAAGGUGAGUAUACACACACCUUGUGGAAGACAAAAACCACUACAAGCUAUGUAAGGGUAUACACUUUAAAGAUAAUUAACAGGGUUCCAUCCAAAUCCAUGAUUUGUUGUUUGAAGCAGCAAUGAGGAUCUGAGCAUUUUAUCAUCAAAAAGGGAUUUAUAUCUGUUAUUUUAGCAUAAUUGCUACUAUAUUGGCAUUAAAGUGCAAAACUGUC